GGCUGUGGAAUAUGACUUUGUGGCUGUGUUAUUCAGUGGAACUCCUUCUCCUUCACUGAAGACAGCGACGUGAGCAGCGAAGGCCGCGUUAUGACUCCGUGACGCCCCCUGGUGUUCAGUAAAGAGAAACACCGUCAGCUGCAGAACAGGACGACGUUUCAAACAUCAGGAAACGCCCACUUUAGUUUAUUGCACGUGUCAAUAAUGUUUGGUAUAAAGUGACCCCUUGCGAGGCGCGCGGAAGUCAAUUAACGGCAAUCGUUCUCCGGUGAGCAGAGUUUAGAUUUUCAUGUAUCGCAGCUGAAGUUUGACGCAGAAUAAAAGUCCCGUGUCUGUUUUGAGGCCUGUGAGAUGGAGUGGCGAGAACAGACCAGUGUGACCUGUGAAGACGCCUUCACCGAGGCUCAACGGUGGAUGGAGGAAGUGACAAAUAAAUCAUUCGGAAGCAACAACUUCCGCUCUGCUCUGGAGAAUGGAGUCCUGCUCUGCCAUCUAAUCAACCAGUUGAAACCAGGCCUUAUUAAGAGGGUGAACACGCUGUCUACUCCAAUGGCCGGACUGGACAAUGUGAAUGUGUUUCUGAGAGCGUGUGGGACACUCGGUCUACACGAGGCUCAGCUGUUUCAUCCUGGAGACCUGCAGGACCUGUCCACACGCGCCACACUCAGGUGUGCAGAGAGCAAAAGGAGGCUGAAAAACGUUCUAAUCACCAUCUACUGGCUGGGUCGGAAGGCCCAGGCGGAUCCCUUCUACUCUGGCCCUCAGCUCAACCUCAAAGCAUUCGAGGGACUACUGGGCAUCGCUCUGUCCAAGGCUCUAGAAGAAACCCCCAGAGGCAGUAUAACAGACAGGGACUACAGUGACGUGAUCUACCCAGAGAGGGAUGAUGAGCUGCUGCCUCUAACCCGGUCCCAGACACCCGGCUACAGCAGAGAGGACUCCGUAGAGAGCUUGAACUCGGCCCUGAGCUUUGACUCGGCGGAGUCCCGUACCCUCAGCUAUAUCUCUGACUCCAUCCUGAGGGCCGGCAGCGAAGGUAACGACUGGAAUAUGUUGUUGUAGUCGACAGCGUUGGCU